AUGGGACAGUGGUGGAUUGACUCCCGCAUAGAAGCCACCGUCACUCGGUCCUAUGUCGCCAGCCAACUCCUUCCGGACGAGGUUGAUCGCUUGGAUCGUCCUGUUGCAUUUGGCGGCGAGGAUCUGACGGAGCGUACUUAUUGGGAGAGCAUCCGGAAUGAUGCUCCUCGCCUGUUUCUUAUUCUCGCCGACCUCGGCGUGCCAGAUCAGAUCUUCGGAGUCGUCGACGAUGGUUGGGACGAUGCUGAGCUUCCGAUUGCUCUCGAAGACGUGGAUCGAUUAUUGCUAACUGCUACUCGUGACGAGAAGGUCGAGAAGAAGUUUUAUCAGCGGCAAUUUCAUUUCCUCCUGAAGCCUCUACAACGCGGGAGUCAUGUGGCUUACAAGGACAACGAUGUUGUGCCCCUGGAUGUUGCCGAGAAACCUUCUUUGCCCACGCACAAGUCCCAUGGCAACGACAAGGUUAGGCUUCCCAACGUUCCGGGUGAAAUAUUCUCUCGGCGACGAUACGUUCUCGGUAACGGCCCUGGAGCCAUUCCCGUGCAGGAGUUUCUUGAUGCUGUCCAAGGGAUCAAGGGUCUGCAAAACGAGCACAUGAUCUCGUACUGGGCAUCAUAUACGCAGCACGGAUAUGGAUACGUUCUUUUCACGCCGUCGAGCGACUUUACCCUCAAGUCGUUUCUGGCAACAACACCAUCGCAGUUCAAGAACCUCGCAAAAGCUCGCCGGAGAGAGCUCGUCAUGAACUGGAUUUUGUGUCUUGUCGAUACGCUUUGCGACUUCCACGGAAAGAAUCAAUCGCAUGGAUAUAUCAAACCUUCAACCAUAUUUUUCACCAGUCAAAAUCACGUUUUCUUUUCUGACUCAACCCGACUCACGCCCGACAACGUGAUUCUUCAUACCGACAAAUCGUCGUUUGACCGUGAACGAUACGAUUAUGCUGCACCGGAAUUAUGGUCUCGACCUGCAGGGGCAACGAGUCCGACGAGCAGGUUUCCGUCCGAUGAUGGCCAUUUCGGUAUGAUGCAGACAUACGAUCUGAGUGGUUCACCCCAGGCCAUGUUCAUCGCAGCAAAUCCUCAACUAAGUGGACAGCAAGCCGACAUUUUCUCGGUAGGCUGUAUCAUACUGGAGCUUUUAUCAUAUUUAGUCAAACGGACAUCAAGCAAGUUUGCGACGUUUCGAUCAGCGAAGCACAAGACAGGCGGCCGAGGCGGGGCGGUGUUGGAUACGUCCUUUCAUAAGAAUCUAGGACAGGUGGAAGCGUGGAUGUCAGGCCUCGCCAAAGACGCAUCGCGCAAGGCAUCAUCGACCAAGGAUGGCGCGAACAUGCUUAAGGGCGUCACCCCUAUACUUCAUGUCGUGACGGACAUGCUGGCGACUAAUCCGUACGGCCGACCUGCUGCUAUUGAGGUACAACAGCGCAUCUACCAGAUUUUGACCGAGGUCUGCGACAUCACAGAGCCACACUGCGUACAUCAGUAUUCGCAAGACCUCGAGGCCUCGUUCGGUGCGAUGCAGAUACAUUCUGUCGGAGAUGGUUUCGUGGGCAGCCUGCCAACCGGAUCUAAUACCACCUACGGAACACCACGGACAUAUCAGCACAGUCGAAACGGCAGCAGCGGAGGUUAUUCGCAAGUGAGCCGCACGACUGGCAGCAGCGAGGCCGACGCGGAUGCGAUUCACAGGGUCGGUUCGGUUGGCCUCCACCCGGUACGAUCGCAGAGCUCGUGGCCACGCAAUGUGGCAUAUACACAACACUCUGCCGUGUCGCAAUACUCUGCGGGCCAAUGGGACGCUACAUGA